GCGUCCGCCACGCCCCAGCUCCGGGGGCGGGCUCGCGGCUCCGCCCCUGCUCGGCCCCGCGGCUCCGGCUUCCGACCACGAGGCUCCCGCGCCUGCCACCCCUCUUCCUGCUUGGGUCGCCUAGGCUCCGGGAACCCCCCCGACCCCGUCCCACGCUCCCAGCUCCGCCCCGGCAGGUCUUUGCUGACCUACACCCUAGUUCUGACCCGUGUAGCUCAAUGGAGGACUGUGGAAGUGCCUGGACUUGAACUAAGUCUAAAAUAGCAUUUAGGUGUCUGAGUUGCCCCCGAGACCGACUGUGCCAAGCUUAGCAUGGGUGGGGGGCUGAUAGAGAGGUAUGUGGCCGCCAUGGUGCUGAGCGCAGCUGGAGAUGCCUUGGGGUACUUCAAUGGGAAGUGGGAGUUCCUCCGGGAUGGGGAGGAGAUACACCGACAGUUGGCCCAGAUGGGUGACUUGGAAGCCAUAGACGUGGCCCAGUGGAAAGUCAGUGAUGACACGGUCAUGCACUUGGCUACAGCAGAAGCUCUCGUGGAAGCUGGCACCUCCCCGAAAUUGUCUCAGCUGUAUUCCCUGUUAGCUAGACAUUACCAGGACUGCAUGGGAGACAUGGAUGACCGGGCACCAGGUGUUGCUUGCAUGCAGAAUGCCAUGAAGCUGGAGCCCAAUAAGGCCGAUGGCUGGAGGAUUCCUUUCAGCAGCCGUGAGGGUGGCUGCGGGGCUGCUAUGCGUGCCAUGUGCAUCGGGCUGAGGUUCCCUCACCCCGACCAGCUGGACAUGCUGAUCCAAGUCAGCAUUGAGAGUGGCCGGAUGACCCACCACCACCCCACAGGCUACCUUGGAAGCCUUGCGUCAGCUCUUUUUACGGCGUAUGCCGUGAAUGGCAAAUCACCAUGGCAGUGGGGAAAAGGGCUGCUGGAGGUGCUUCCAGAAGCCAAGAAGUACAUCAUGGAGUCGGGCUACUUUGUGAAGGAAAAUCUUCAACACUGGUCCUACUUCCAGGAAGAAUGGGAAAAGUACCUGGAACUUAGAGGAAUCUUGGAUGGCAAGUCAGCCCCCGUCUUCUCUCAGCCCUCGGGUGUGAAGGAGAGGGAUCAGUUCUACAUCUCCCUGAGUUACUCGGGCUGGGGCGGCAGCAGCGGACACGAUGCCCCCAUGAUUGCCUAUGACGCCCUCCUUGCUGCAGGGGACUCGUGGAAGGAGCUUGCCCACAGAGCCUUUUUUCACGGUGGAGACAGUGAUUCCACAGCAACCAUCGCUGGCUGCUGGUGGGGGCUUAUGCACGGUUUUAAAGGAGUAAGUCCUGCUAACUACGAGAAGCUAGAGUUCAGAGAGCGCCUGGAAGAGGCAGCCAGGGCUUUGUAUUCUCUUGGGUCGAAAAAAGAUACGUUUGGCCCCUAGGGAGGGGGUAGUUUUUUUUGUUUUUUGUUUUUUCCUCUGGUGGUUCCCUUCCCCGAAGCUGUGAUUCUGCUCAGUUUCUUCAACCUUUCCAGAGUCAAGAAUCCUAAUCUCACGCUCAAAGAGUUUUGAGAUGACAAGUUCCUUGGGUGCCUUUAGCUGCACCUUCCCACACUCUCUUCCUGUGUUCCCACACUUCCCCAAUCUCCCUGUGUUCAUUUCUGUGUUGGAGAAUCUUUUUAUUUCAGUUGAUGACGUCCACUUUUCCCAUUCCAGAAACGCCUUGUAUUUGAGUCUCCGUAUUUAUCAUGGAAUUGUUCCAAA